AGCGCGCCCCCGGCGCGCUAGCGCGCGCGCGCGGGCGUGGGCGAACGAGUGGCUCGUGGAGCAGCCUCGUCGCGGUCUUGCCUCCGAGGCUUCUUCGCCGGGAUGAGCGUGCUUCAGAAGAUCGCCGACAUUGAGGCGGAAAUGGCCAGGACGCAGAAGAACAAGGCCACCAAUGCCCACCUGGGGCUGCUGAAGGCCAAGCUCGCCAAGCUGCGCGCCUCGGUCAUCACCGAGGGGCAGAAGGGCUCGGGCGGCGGCGGCGGCGCCGCGGCCUUCGAGGUGUCGAAGACCGGGGACGCGCGCGUGGGCCUCGUGGGCUUCCCCUCUGUCGGCAAGUCCACGCUGCUGAACAAGAUGACAGGGCAAGAGAGCGAGGUGGCGUCCUACGAGUUCACGACCCUCACGUGUGUGCCUGGCAUCUUCUACCACAAGGGUGCUAAAGUCCAGCUUCUUGAUCUGCCUGGAAUCAUCGAGGGCGCCAAGGAUGGCAAGGGUCGUGGAAAGCAGGUUAUCAGUACUGCCGGGCAGCUGCAGCCUCAUCUGCAUAGUCCUCGACGUGAUGAAGUCGCUUGUGCACAAGCAGAAGAUCGAGUACGAGCUCGAAGGCUUCGGGAUCAGGCUGAACAAGAAGCCUCCGCAAGUAUCAUUCAAGAAGAGGGACAAGGGCGGCAUGGCUAUUAGCGUCGCGCCCGGAUACCAGUUGGUCGACUGCGACGAGGGACCAUAAUCCGUCAAGGAGAUCCUUAAGGAGUAUCGAAUCUUGAAUUGCCAGAUUCGGAUCAACUGCAACGCCACCAGCGACGAUACUUGGGGACUACUGCAGGCAACCGCAAAUAUUGCCCGUGCCUGUACGUUAUGAACAAGAUCGAUCAGAUAACAAUCGAGGAUUGAGUUGGAUAUUAUCGCCGACGUCCCGCACCACGUCCCUAUUUGUGCCCACCACGAAUGGAAUCUCGACGGUCUGGUCGAGACUAUGUGGAAGUACAUGGCAUUGUACAGAAUUUACACCAAGCCUAAGGGUCAGAUCCCGGAUUACACUGCGCCCGUCAUCUUGCCGGCGGAAAACAACUCCAUGGAGGACCUCGAGUUUUGCCUGCGCAUCCACAAGGGGCUGCUCGCGCAGUUCAAGGUGGCCCUCGUGUGGGGCAGCUCCGUGAAGCACAACCCCCAGAGAUGUGGGAAGGAGCACAGGCUCAUGGACGAGGACGUGGUGCAGAUCAUCAAGAAGAUCUGAGCCGGGGGGGGGCGCGAUCGGUGCCGGCGGAGGGAGGGCACGACGACUGCCCGGAAGAGGGGCCUCCUGCUCGCAGCCGUAGGUCUAGUCGGGGCGCGCCUUCACCGAGCUCGCCGCCCUCGGGUUCCGAAA